UCUUGUUUUGUUUUUAUUUAAGUAUCCUGGAGCACAAUGGAAAAGUUUUAAUACAAGACAUCAGAAAAAAGUGCUGCAAUGUCUAGUGUGCUGAGGGGAAAAAGGGAGACUUACAACUGCAUCUUGAAACACUCUCAGAUGAUUUGAGAUUACAUUUUUGGAAGAUCUCAACUGGAGCUGUGGAUAAAAGAACGGAAGGAAGGGAGGCAGUGACUGAAUGGUAUUUCUUACAUUAUUUGAAAGAGAGAAGGCACUGGGGACCUGCAAACAAUCAGGCGGUUUCUGAAAAAUCUUUAUGGUAAAGGAUAAUCCACGUCUCCCUGUAGAAGAACAUAGUGAAUGAUAAUCCAGAGCAGCUGCUGGAGCAUUGUGCUCACAGGGAGAUGAUUCCUCAUGAAGUCACUGGAUCCCCUUCAGAAAUCAAAUGUGACUUUCCAUUUAUCAGACUGAAAUCAGAACCAGCCAGACAGUGAAGCAAGAACAGUGGAGGGGGGACGGCGAAAGAUGAAAUCCAACCAAGAGAGGAGCAAUGAAUGCCUGCCGCCCAAAAAGCGAGAAAUCCCCACCACCAGCCUGCCCUCCGAGGUGAAGCCAGUGGUCCUGCCAAACGAAAACCACCGCACGGACAACUUAACAUGGCUCUCCAGUAUGCCCAGCAGCCAGAGCAGCAUGGGUGGAAGGCACCGGACUGGAGGGAGUUCAGUGGAGAUUGGCUUGCAGCAGGGUUUACACAAAGCACCGUCUACAGGAAUGGACUAUUCCCCACCGAGUGCUCCCAGGUCCGUUCCAGUCUCAACAACACUUCCCACAGUGUACUCGCCCGCACUCUCACAGUCAGGGACGCCUGUAUCCCCGGUGCAGUACACGCACCUGCAGCACACUUUCCAGUUCGUUGGGCCCCAGUACAGUGGACCAUACGCCGGAUUCAUCCCCUCCCAGUUGAUUUCCCCGACAGCCAAUUCCGCAACUUGUGCGGCAGCCUCUGCCACUGCUGUUGCAACCACUCCAUCCCAGCGUUCCCAGCUGGAGGCUUAUUCCACUUUCCUGGCCAGCAUGAGCAGCUUAAGUCAGCAGGGGCACAAAGUUGAGCAGCAUCUAGUCAGGACACCUGGAUUGAUUGCAGCAGGGUCUCCUCCACCGACCCAGCAAAACCAGUAUGUCCACAUUUCCAGCUCUCCCCAGAGCACAGUCAGAAAUGUCUCUCCUCCGACCAUCCCAGUCCAUUUGCAUCCCCACCAAACGGCGAUUCCACACACCCUCACCCUCGGCCCCUCCUCCCAAGUGGUGGUGCAGUACUCGGACUCCGGGGGCCACUUUGUCACGAGGGAUUCUACCAAGAAAGCUGAGAGCAGCAGGCUGCAGGCAAUGCAGGCGAAGGAAAUACUGAAUGGAGAGAUCGAGAAAAGCAGGAGGUACGGCCUGUCGCCCUCUGGAGAUGUGAGUCUAGUCAAAGCAGGCAAUAAACCAGCUCCUCAUCAUUAUGAGACCAGACAUGUGGUGGUGCACUCGAGUCCUGCUGAGUACAGUGCACGGGAUUCCUCAGGCAUCAGGGCCUCUGUUAUGGUUGUACCGAACAGCAGCACACCUAUUACGGAGAUGGAGGUACAGCAGGCCACCAACAGAGAAACUCCUCCCUCAGUCCUCAACGACAAGGGAAACCUGCAUUUAGGAAAGCCAGCCCACAGGUCUUAUGCUUUAUCUCCGCAACAGACUAUGGGCCACGAGGGGGUGAAAGCGGUCGCCACGCUGUCCCCCCACACUGUCAUUCAGACAACCCACAGCGCCUCAGAGCAACUCCCUGUCGGGCUGCCUGCGACAGCCUUCUAUGCCGGGACCCAGCCACCGGUAAUUGGCUAUCUGAGCAGUCAGCAGCAAGCGAUUGGUUACCCUGGAAACCUGCCACAGCACCUGGUGAUCCCUGGCACCCAGCCCCUGCUUAUACCAGUUGGCAAUGCAGAUGUUGAAUCAUCAGGAGUAGCACCUGCUAUAGUCACUUCAUCUCCCCAGUUUGCAGCAGUGCCUCAUACAUUUGUCACUACCACCAUUCCUAAGAGUGAGAAUUUCAGUGCUGAGUCGCUAGCAACCCAGCCGGCCUACCAGGCAGCCGUGGUGCAGGCCCAGAUCCACCUCCCGGUGGUGCAGUCCGUAGCUUCUCCAGCAGCAGCUCCUCCUACACUGCCUCCUUACUUCAUGAAAGGGUCAAUCAUUCAGUUGGCCAAUGGGGAGCUGAAGAAAGUAGAGGACUUAAAAACGGAAGACUUUAUACAGAGUGCAGAAAUUAGCAAUGACCUGAAAAUAGACUCCAGCACAGUGGAGAGGAUUGAAGACAGCCAUAACCCAGGCAUUGCUGUCAUACAGUUUGCAGUUGGAGAGCAUCGAGCACAGUAUCACUUUAAGAGACAUAAGGAGGAUCCACAGAAUUGCUUUUCGUUUACAGCCUUCAAAUCCCCAGUGAUAUCAUUGCAGUGUAGGCUUAGAGCCUCACAUCUCUUCUUCGGCUUCAUGAUCAGAAAAACAGUCCCUGGAUCAGAACCGGUCAGCGUUGAAGUCUUGGUCGAAUACCCUUUUUUUGUAUUUGGACAAGGCUGGUCGUCCUGCUGCCCUGAGAGAACCAGCCACCUCUUUGAUUUGCCAUGUUCCAAACUCUCAGUUGGGGAUGUCUGCAUAUCGCUUACUCUCAAGAAUCUGAAGAAUGGCUCUAUUAAAAAGGGCCAACCCAUGGAUUCAGCUAGUAUCUUGCUGAAGCACUCAAAGAAUGACAGUCUAGCUGGAAGUAGACACAGGUAUGUGGAGCAGGAAAAUGGUAUUAAUCAGGGAAGUGCACAGAUGUUAUCUGAGAAUGGUGAACUGAAGUUUCUGGACAAAAUAGGAUUGCCUGCAGCACCUUUGCUCACCAAAACAGAACCCAGCAAGCCCACGGCGACGAGGAAGAGGAGGUGGUCGGCCCCUGAAACACGGAAACUAGAGAAAUCAGAAGAGGAACCACCUUUGACUCUUCCCAAGCCUUCUUUUAUUCCUCAGGAGGUUAAAAUUUGCAUUGAAGGUCGAUCUAACGUAGGCAAGUAAAGGCUGUUUGGGGAAAGGAAAUUAGGCUAUCCCUUGUCAUUUUUAUCCAGAUUACUGUACUGUAGACUAAAUAACCCAGUAUUUACAUGUUAUCAUCUUAUUUUAGGUUUAUGUUAUAACCUUGUUGUUAUAGUUGCAGCUGGUAUUAUGCAGGAGACAGGUGCAUAUGUUUUUCCACAAGUGUUUUGUCAGUGACUAGGUUUAUUGAGAGCUACAGAAGGGGCAGUAUCUGCUUCACGCACCCUUAGUGGAAAUGAAUGUGUUGUCAUGGCUCCUGUUUUCUGUCACCUAGUGUAGAGCAGACUCCAGCUGUUCUUUUUUCUGUGAGGUGACGAGAUGGGAACUGUAGCAGAGAUAAACUGCACUGCAUGCACUGUGUGUGUUUCAGUCCCAAGGAGGGAUUGCAGCUCCCUGGCUGGUUUCGUUAGGAGGUUCUCUCGCGCCAAGAGCACACUAAGAACCCAACACACACACACAUGAUUAAAAAAGGAUCAGACAGUCUUUGACACAUUUCACAAUCAAACCAACUCUUAGUCAAGGCUCUACAGUAUAUAUAUUUUCCCCCAUGGGGUCCGACUGCACUGAAUUUGAUUCAUAAAGUGACUGCCACGCAAAUGUUUAUUUUCGGCUUGCUAGUGCAGUUCCAUUGCCAGAGUGUAACAUUCAUUAAGGUUCUAUGCUUGCAUUGUUACACUGCUAGUUUUUCAUAAUGACAUAGCCAGGGUGAGGGAAGCCUAAAGUUCGUUGGGUCCCCUAGCUAAGGGGAAACUUCUGGUUCUGUGCAGUGUUAGAUAAAUUGAUCAGGUUAUGCCAUUGACAUUUGCUUCCACAAGGUAGACACGUACUGCCCCUUUGAGAGCGCAGACAUAAAUUGUUUGCAUUUAGGUUGCAAAUCUUUGUCUUUAACUCUAGUACUGUUUUUAGUUCAUGACGAUGGACAACUGGUGCCACUUUUUUCAAAAUUCAGUGUGACACAAGGAAUCGGACGUUGAAGAUGAACAUAGAAUGUCUUUAAGCACUUAAAAUGCUGUUCACGCUUUCUUGUCGAGCAUCCUGGUCUAACACUCAAUAAGUACUGUAUCUCACUUUAAUCUGUUUGAGGGGGAAAAAAAGAAUCUAUUCAACACUGUUAACUACAUAUGACUAUGUAGAGUUUUCUCACAAGCAAGAUGUUGGAAAUUUUAAUGUGGUUUCAAAGGGAUGAAUGUGAAUUAUUGAACUAGUAUGUGACAGUCAUUGUCCACAAAGGACUACUUAAUAGGAGGCACUUUUAAAACUUUAAUGCUUGAGAAAGAGUUAAAGGCAUAUGCGAGCUGACAGAUAAUAAAAGAAUAAGAGAGAGGAAAAAAGAAAGAGGAAAAAAAUCAUUAUUGUCCAGUGUUUUUGAAAAAGAUGGACUUUAAAGAAUCUUGCAAUUUGCACAUCUUGAGUUUAUCAUUUGUGUGGUAUUCCUGCAGUUUUUACCUAAUAAUGUUGUGGGGAAGGGAGGGGGACUGAGAGAGCAUAAACAAAUGUAGCAAUUAUUUACUAACCUGCCUAAGCUCUAGGCCAUUUUAUAGAGUUAUGUUCCUUUUAAAGUUCAUUUUUGGUCUUUCUGCCAUAUCUAUCGCACAGAACCAGGUCUUAGCAGGACAACUCGGAGAAUUUUUCUUCAGAUAAAUUGAGAGAGUUUUCCAGAAAAGACAUCUCUAUACAUAAGCAGGAUUUUAUAAAAAAAAUGGUUGUUAUUUUAUUAUUAUUAUUAUUUGUUGUUUUAAUGACAUUUUCCAGUUGAAAUACAAUCUUGAUUUCAGAGUUUGGUACAAAACAGUAAGAGGGAAUGGUGGUUUCAGACAGCUAAGUCUUUUUUGUUCCCAGUAAUCUGAAACAAAGGUAGGGCCGGAUCCUUAGAGGUGCUGUGCACCUUUGGUUCCUGUCAACGGGAGGUGCAAGUACUAAGCACUUCAGGUGUGAGCUGAAGCCCAUUGCAUUCAAUCCCAUUGGUUUCAGUGGGCUUUGGAUUAGGCCCUCCAUGAUCAAGCCUUUAUAUUACUAUUACUUUUGUUUUGUAAUUGAGUUUGCAUCCUUCAAGUACUUUUGAAGAAGCUGUACUAAUAGGGAGAAGUAGGCUAUAAAAGUUCUUGAUUAGAGAUACAGUAUCUAAAAGGAACAAAUUCCUUAAAAAUCUCAUUUUCCCGCUCCUAAAAUACAGUAUUUCCAGCUCCUUUAUUUACAAAAAAUCUGAAACCCCCCCAGCUUUUUGGUUCUUUUAUUCAUUACUUGAAAUUUAGCUCACACCAGAACUAAUUGUUUUUAUACCAUUUUCUGCGAUGCACCAAAAAGAUUUAAAUAAGUUUAAAAUAGCUUGAAACUUUUCUUGAAUUUCCUUGAAUUUCAUUAACCUCUCAGCAGGCUACCAAACAGCUGAGCAGGUUCAUUCUCAUGGUCACACUGCUUAUCUAGUGCUGUACUUUUUUUUAACGUUUCUGCUCAGAGAACUUGCUUAAUCUUCCAUAUACUCCGCUCAGGGCACUUGCAAUUUAUUGUUGUUUUGUUUGUUUUGUUUUUUGUUAUGUUUUAACCUUUGAUGGUAAGAGGAAUAGAAAGAUGUGGGCAGAAUUAGAUUUUAGUUCACAUUAGUACCACUAUAUUCAUAAUACACAUACUCAGAAAAUCUGAAAUAAAACCACACACACACAUCUUUUUGGCUAGUAAAGAAGCAGGGACUCUUAAACUGACUGGAUCUAUUCUACUAACACUAACAAUAAACAAAUAAAAAAAGUUUGGAGCAAUAGGAAUGUAUUAGUUCUGUGCUUGUAUUUCAGAUUUAGGAAUUCUGAAAUAAUUGGUUCCUUCCAAGCAAUUGUCCCUUUUUGUGCUUUUGCUUUUUUAGGAUGUGCAAUACUUUAUGUGCCAACGUAGACCCACCCACGUGGUGGUAGCUAGAUCUCACACCCUCUUCCACUUUCACCUUUUUGUUUUCUUUCACUGUUUUCUCUACCCUUCUCCUCCCAAAAUAAAAGUGUUUAGGGCCUUAUACCUCCCUUGAUUGGGGGCACAGAAUCUGUAUGUAGUUAACAGGUGUGGCACACAUGGAUCGAUGGCCCUGGAUGGUCCAUAUUCUUUCAAAUGUAAGUCCCUGGCCUCCGCAAUAUAAAGAAGAAGAUCCAGAAAAAGGCUUAGUGGAUGUUCCCUCCCACAAAAAAAAAAAAGAUUUUUAAAGGGGGGGAUAAGAAUUUUGUGAAUGUGAGGGA